AUGGCAGAGGAACCGUACGCGCCCGAGUCCCCCGACCUCUCUUCUUUCUAUUCGGCAGCCCCCACUUCGCGCACCCCUCCAUCAGCAGCAGCAGCAGCAGCAGCACCGCUACCACUACCAACGCAACCCCCAUUGCACCCGUCUGGACCAGGACUGCAACCGCAACAACAUCCGCACCCGCACCCGCACGCACGCCCCCAGCACCUGCACCACCCCCACCAGCAACAGCUUCAUCACUUGCAGGCGGCGGUCGCACCCUAUGAGUACCCAACCCAUUCGCAGCAACUUCCUAGCCCGCCCAACAACCACCAUCAACCCUAUACAAACCCGCCUGCUCUAGCUCCUGGACCUACAGUUCUUGGACCUGCACAAGCUCCAGACAUUGGCCUGGGAUCUGUCAAACAAGAGCCCCAGUACCCGCCUGCCGCCAUCAAGAGUGAAUACCACCACAAGUCUCCGUAUUCGCCACCACAGGCCGCUCCUCAGCAGUCUCACUACCUCCCUCUCGAGUACCAGCAGCAACAUCAGCAGCAGCAGCAGCAGCAUCACGCCCAACACUUGCAACAGCAACAGCUCUCACCGCGACAGCCAAGUCAAGCCUCGCCACCUGGACCAGCAUCAGUUUCUGCACAAACUUUCUACGGCCACCAACCUUCUGUGGCUCUCCAGUACCAACAGCAGCAACAACCGCCGCCGCCGCCGCAGACACACCCUGCGCACCAAGCUUAUAUAAAACAAGAGCCUUUUGGUGCCGCGCCGCAUUUCGGCAACACACACCACCGAACACUUUCUCAUCCGCAAUACAUCCCACCCUCGUUGCAGGAACAGCAGCGCAAAGAGAACAUGCCCCCGCGUCGCAACACCCAGCAGGCGCCGCCUCCGCCCGAGAUUGACCCCUCGCCGGUGCGUACCAAAUUCCCGACGGCGCGCAUCAAGCGCAUCAUGCAGGCGGACGAGGAGGUCGGCAAAGUAGCCCAGCAGACACCCAUCGCCGUGGGCAAGGCGUUGGAGAUCUUCAUGAUCAACGUCGUCACCGCCGGUGCCGAGAUUGCCAAGGAGAAAAACUCGAAGCGCGUCACGGCGCAAAUGCUGAAGCAGGUCAUCGAGACGGACGGCCAGUACGACUUUUUGGCCGACAUCGCGGCCAAGGUGGGAGAGGACGACAAGAAGCGAGGCGGCAGCGGCAACAAGGCCGAGACCAGCUCCGAGGAAGAGAUGGAGGUCGAGCAGCCGAAGAAGAAGGUGCGCGGCGGUCGCAAGAAGAAGGCAGCCACGUGA